AUGUCUAUUUCUUUCUAUCUAUCUAUCUAUGUCUAUUUCUUUCUAUCUAUCUAUCUCCGUCUAUUUCUAUCUAUCUAUCUAUCUCCGUCUAUUUCUUUCUUUCUAUCUAUCUAUCUCCGUCUAUUUCUUUCUAUCUAUCUAUCUAGCCCCGUCUAUUUCUAUCUAUCUAUCUAUCUCCGUCUAUUUCUAUCUAUCUAUCUCCGUCUAUUUCUAUCUAUCUAUCUAUCUCCGUCUAUUUCUAUCUAUCUAUCUAUCUCCGUCUAUUUCUAUCUAUCUAUCUCCGUCUAUUUCUAUCUAUCUAUCUAUCUAUCUCCGUCUAUUUCUAUCUAUCUAUCUAUCUAUCUCCGUCUAUUUCUAUCUAUCUAUCUAUCUAUCUAUCUCCGUCUAUUUCUAUCUAUCUAUCUAUCUAUCUAUCUCCGUCUAUUUCUAUCUAUCUAUCUAUCUAUCUAUCUCCGUCUAUUUCUAUCUAUCUAUCUAUCUAUCUAUCUCUGUCUAUUUCUAUCUAUCUAUCUAUCUCCGUCUAUUUCUUUCUAUCUAUCUAUCUAUCUCCGCCUAUUUCUAUCUAUCUAUCUAUCUUCGUUUAUUUCUAUCUAUCUAUCUAUCUAUCUUCGUUUAUUUCUAUCUAUCUAUCUAUCUAUCUAUCUAUCUUCGUCUAUUUCUUUCUAUCUAUCUAUCUAUUACCAAGUUUGUUAUAUGUAUAUGUUGUUUAAUUUCUUUCAAUUAUCUUUUUCAUCUCAUUUUUAUCUUCUCAUCCUUUGCUUUUUUAAUUCAUUUUCUUUUUGCGACUCUUUUUUUUUUCUUUUCCCUUUUCUAAUAUUCCAUUUAUCUGCGAUAUCAUUACAAAUUAACACGUCCAUUCUAUUUCUAUCAAACUUUUCUGUUUCUAUCAAUUUUUUCCCUCUUUUUGUCUCUUACUUCUUUUUUGUUGUUCGUUUUUAUUAA